AUGAAAUCGUUGCUAUGCUUUCGAAGAAAGGCCAAGAAGGCUGAGGUCACGGGGAAAGAAAGGAGCCAUGAGCUCGAUUUUGUCGAGAGUCCACGAAUCCCCCCUUUCCCGACCGGCGUGGAUGUUCUGCACGACUGCCCCGACGCCACAGUCGACAUCUGCUUUGUUCACGGUCUGUCUGGGGACCGGAACAGCACCUGGACCGCAGACGGACAGUCCGUACCUUGGCCGAAAACUUUCCUUCCUCUAAAGCUCCGCAAUGCUCGCAUACUCACGUUCGGCUACGACGCAUACGUCGUCCCGGGCUCGGGUCCAUCGGCAAAUCGACUACUUGACCACGCGAUGAGCCUCUUGGCGAGAUUAACGACAAACAGGCGGACGAACAAUGCCUCAACUCGCCCUCUCAUCUUCGUCGCUCACGGCCUCGGCGGGAUUGUCUGCAAGGAAGCGAUCCUGUCAUCGCGAGACAACCCGGAGCUUCAUUUGCGCGGCAUAUUCGACUAUUUCAAAGGCAUCAUCUUCAUGGGAACCCCCCACAAGGGGUCUUCGAUGGCCGGUUGGGCCAGGAUACCGGCGUCGGCUUUUGGUAUCGUCAAGCAAGUCAACAAGCCGCUUUUGCAGAUCCUACAGACAAACGAUCAGUUCCUGGAGUCUAUCCAUUUGCGGUUUUUAGGAAUGCUGCGAGAACAGCGCGAAGAAGGCAGGGCUCUCAACGUCACAUGCUUUGCAGAAGAACUGCCCGUUCCUCCCAUCGGGCUGCUCGUAACCAAGGAUUCCGCCCAUUUCGAUGGUUAUAAUCACAUCACUAUCCACGCCAACCACAACGACAUGACCAAGUUUGCGUCGAUGCAGGACGAUGGGUUCGUAAUGGUAACGGGAGAGCUGAUUAGAUGGGGAAAAGAGAUUGAACGGUCGAGGCCUCUCUUAAUCGAACCCCCGUCGUCACAACCAUCACCCUCGUCGGUGGAAAUCGGCCUGGGAGGGCCAUUGAGAAUUGGUUACGGUUAUGGCACCAACAGCAUCAAAGCCGCCAGUGCUAACACCAGGUCUUUUUACUAUGAAGAUAGGCUCGAACUGCCCAGCUUGCGUGACCUUUCCGCAGAGUGCCACAGGUCGUUAGCCUUCCCGGAAAUGUGCAAUCAAUCGUCCGACAUCGAUAGCGCAGUCAAAGGGACAUGCGAGUGGGUAAAUCGACAUGAGACGUACAGGACCUGGGCCGUUGAUCAUCACGGACUACUGUGCAUCAAAGGGAAACCUGGCUCUGGGAAGUCAACACUCCUGAAAUACGCCGUCAAAAAUCACAGAAUCGGAGACGGAGACUUUUUUCUCAGUUUCUUCUUCCGCGGUCUUGGCGAUGAAUUGCUCAGAAGUCCUCUUGGCCUAUUCCGGUCACUACUUCAUCAGCUUUUUAGUCUGGCCCCACGUGCGUUAUCGAAUCUUGUUCAUGCCUUUAAGAAAAGGUGCAAGGAGUUUGGUAACCACGACGAAAAGUGGUCGUGGCAUGAAGAGGAACUACGGGGUUACCUCGAAGCAUGCCUGUAUAAUGUGUUGGAGACUCAUCCGGUCUGGCUAUUUGUUGACGCCUUGGACGAAUGUGGUAAAGACAAUGCGGUCAAGGUCGUCGACAUGUUCAAGACUUUACUGAACAACCUCCGAUCCCGGUCUAUUGGGUUAAAGCCGUUUCGCAUAUGUUUCUCUUGUCGUCACUACCCAAUAUUGGACCUGGACGAUACCUUCGAGAUUUGCCUCGAAGAUGAAAACGACAAAGAUAUUUCGACCUUUGUUAAUACGCAACUUGGUGCGUUCCAGGCAAGGACGGGAUCUACGAUUCCAGCACUGAUUACGGCGCGUGCUUCGGGUGUGUUUCUCUGGGCACGUCUUGUGGUGAAGCGAGUCAGGGACCUUGAACUUGAAGGAGCCGGAUUAAAUGAGAUUGAAGGGGCGGUUCAUGCGGUUCCCCCGGACCUCCGUCGAGUAUACCGAAACCUGAUUCCAGACAUGGGACCGGCGUCCUUGAAACUCAUCCAAUGGAUCUGCUUUGCCUCGCGACCCUUAACAAUAGAUGAAAUGCGAUGGGCCAUGGUUAUUGACAGUGACUCACCCUGUCGGUCGUUACAGGCGUACGAGACUGACGAAAACUACGUCCCCGACACCACGCGAAUGGAGAGGAAAGUCAGGACACUUAGCAUGGGACUUGCCGAGGUUAGUCAUACCGGAGAGAUUCAGUUUAUCCAUCAGUCCCUGAAAGACUUCUUUCUGGAGGACGGCCUAUCGGUUUUGGAUGACAACGUAACCUCGGCCGAGGCUGCAAUCCGAGGACACUUCCGGCUGUUCAAAAUUUGCUUGCGCUACCUAGCGAUGGAAGAGCUAAACCGGCCGGCAAACCCCAACAGUGACGACUUCGCCCUUUUGCAUUAUGCUUCAACGGAGUGGAUGGCGCAUGCGGCACGAUCCGAUCCUGAAGUCAGUGCUUAUAAUGAGCUCCUGGCGUCAUUUCAUUGGCCAUCAAACGAAGUUGUGAAUUCGUGGCUGUAUGCAUACAAGAAGUCGGAGCUCUUCGGUCGUCCGGAAUCCUAUGGGGUACCCUGCUGCACAUUGCCGUAG